AUGAAAAAAUUGAGAAUUUAGAAAUCUAAAAUAAAGAUCUUAAAUAAAAAUCAAUAAAAGAAGAAUAGAUUCAUCAUUAAUUAAGUGAAUCUUUAAAUUUAAAUAAAAGCUUUAUAAAUUGAAAUUUUGUAAAAAGAGAACUUGAUAAAUAAUGUAUCAAGCAAAAUUUUAUAAUUAAGCUAGCAAAAUUAAGAAUAAAUUAUAGUUAAUGAAUAAUUAUAAUUUUAAAUAAAAGAGUAGACUCAGCAUGCUUAGUAAUUAAAAUAAGAAUUCUUAAUCUCCAAAGCAGAAUAAGAUUAGCAAAAUAAUAAUUAAAUUCUGGAGUUGAAUAGAAAAAUCACAGCUUUAGAAAUUACCAACCAAUAAAUAUUCGAUUAGAAAUAAUUAAAAGAGAAUUAAAUAGAAAAGUUACAAUAAGAUAGACUGUAUGAUUAAAAAAUAGAAGAUCAAAGUAGAAAAGAAGAAAAUCAAUAUAUAGUUGAUAAUUUACUAAGCCCUCUUAUAAUAGAAGAAACUUAAGAAAGUUAAUAAAAGAUUUUAGAAUAAAAAUUAUAAGCAUUAACAAUCUAAUUGAAUUAAUAAACUUCUGCGCUUUUACAAGCCUAGAUAUUUAUUGAAUAAAUAAAAAAUGAAUAUAAUUAAACAUUAGAGAAAGGUAAAAUGAAUGAAUCAGAACUUAAACUACUCUUAGAGUAAUCAAAAAUUUUGAAUAAUAAUUUAUAAUCUCAAUGCAAUAGCUACAGAAUAUAACUUAAUGCUUUAGAAAUAUAUAUUUAAUAGAAAAAUAGUAAAAUUGAUGAAUUAGAAACUUAAAUCAAAUAGAAUUAAUUACAAUUUUAAAAUGAGUUGUAGGAGUUACAAUAACAAUUAUUUGAAGAGAAUGAUUAAUGCCAAAAGGAAAAAGAAAUGAUUUAGUAAUAUAUUGAUGAACUAGAGGAUAAAUCAUUAUAGUUAAUAAAUCAAGUGAAAGAAAUGGAUAUUUAGCUUUCAGAUAUAAGGAGAUAGAAUGAAAUUUUAAGUAAAUAAUUAGUAGAAUAGUAAUAAAUUGAUGAUAGAGCAUAAAAAUUAGAAUAAUCAUACUUAGAUAAUAUACAAAAAUAUGAAUAAUAAAUACAUGAAAUAAGUUUGAAACAUAUGUAGAACAAUAAUGAUAUGAUGAAAUAGAUUCAAUAUUUAUAAUAGUAGUCUCAAUAGGAUUAGGUAGAUUUAUAAAAAUAAUUAGCAGAAUAGGAAGAUAAAUAUGCCAUAGAGAUAUAAUUAAUAACUAAAAAUUAUUUGAAUGGAUUGAAGGAUAAGGAUGAUUAAAUAUAAAAUUUAUAAUAAUAAAUUCAAAGUUUUCAACAAGUUAAAUUGGAAUAAUAAAAUGAGAUUAAAUUGUUAGGGAGUAUUAAUGAUAAUAUGGAAUAAGAAUAAUUUGAGAAUUUUGAAUAUAACUCAAAAAUCUAAUUUACAAAUGAAAAAAUGAUAGUAUAAACGUAACCAUAGGAGUUUCAAUUAAAUUAAUUAUAAAAUGCAAUAAAAGAGUUGGAAUUGAAAAAUCAGGAAUUGGAGACUGAAAAGAUUAAUAUUUCAAAUAACUAUCAGUAAGCUUUGAUUGAAGCAUAAUCUUUGAACCGCAUUCAAGAUAAUUCUAAUGAGAAAAUGGAAAAGAUAUAGGAAGAAGUUAUUGCCUUAAAAUGCCGAAUAGGAGACAUGUUGAAUACAGCUUAGGAAUUCGGAGGGGCUUAAUUAGUUGAUAAAUUGUAAUAAGCAUUAGGAAUAAAGGAAUGA